CCUGAGCAUACUUGAACCACAGAUUGCAUAUGAUCAGCAACGUCACCAACGAGUUUGUACGAUAUUCUCGCGAUACAUAUUUUUCCAUUUCGAUUCUUAAUUUCUAAGCAACAAUUGUUUUAAUGGUCUUUAUUACUGUAGACCAAGUGACUUAAAAGAUUUGCUGAUCAGAAAUGGGAUCUUCCCAGAGUAUUGAAAUACCAGGAGGUGGGACAGAAGGUUACCAUGUACUAAGGGUUCAGGAUGGUUCCCCUGGACAAAAAGCUGGCCUGGAACCAUUCUUUGACUACAUUGUGGCUAUUGGAAAUACACGUCUGAAUCAAGAUAAUGACAUGUUAAAAGAAUUACUCAAAAGCAGUGUGGACCAAAAAUUAUCAAUUACAGUGUAUAGUAGUAAAACACAAUCUGUCAGGCAAACUGUUAUAGUACCUAGUCUCACAUGGGGUGGACAGGGUCUUCUUGGAGUUAGCAUAAGGUUUUGUUCUUUCGAAGGUUCCAAUGAAAAUGUUUGGCAUGUUCUUGAAGUACAUCCAUCAUCUCCUGCUGAAUUGGCAGGGCUGCGACCAUUCACAGACUAUAUUAUCAGUGCCGAUUCAGUUCUACACGAGUCAGAGGAUUUAUUUACUUUAAUAGAGGCGCACGAAUCUCGAUCUCUAAACUUAUAUGUAUAUAAUACAGAAGACGAUUCUUGUAGAGAAGUUACCAUUAUACCUAAUCAUACCUGGGGUGGCGAAGGAAGCUUGGGUUGUGGAAUUGGAUACGGAUACCUUCAUAGAAUACCUAUUAGAAACGUGCAACAGCAUAAGUCCAAUAAUUCGUACAUGAGCAAUGUCAAGCCCACUGUGUCGAGUCAGGUAACAACAAGUACCACUCAUACAGGAGGAAGUAACAUGGUUACGAGUAUACCACCAGGAUUUUCCAUUCCACCAAAUUACAUUUCGUCCCAAGAAACUACUACAAAAUCUGAACUUGAAACCACCACAAUGCAAACUGUGUAUACACCAAGCAUACAAACAUAUACCGCUCCACAAUUAAAUCCUGCUACUGUUGGAGGAUCUACAACCACUAAUCCUGUACCUCAAGUUGUACCAAAUCUAGGUACUACCAAUAUUACAAGUGGUAACAAUGUUUCAUCUCAUCAAAACGUAAUGCCGGAUAUACCCGGGAUGCCAACUACUCCACCUUUACCAACGUUCAGCACAAAUACAUUUUCAAACGAAGCAACUGGUGUUGUUGGAUCACAGAAAGAUUUCACGUCUGUAAUGGUUCCAAUGUCACCUGGAGUGCAAUUCAACGUGCCUCAAUCUCACGUAGUAACAACGCCAAUCUCGUUGCCCGGCAUGCCACCUAUUACCGUUAGCGCGAGUUUACCGCAGAAUACAUCCUUCUAUACACCUGUUCUUCAACAAAAUCAAAUGACCGGCGUCAGUACCAUCCCUACGCCUACGGUAACGUCGACUCAGUAACGAUCGUUAUAUUUCAAACGAGGAUGUCCUUUUGUUUUAUAACAAUAUACAUAUUGAAGAACGAAGGUAAAAUAAAGGCGCAUAUGCAUAUAUUGCAACUAUAUCGUGUCAUUCUACUUUGUGCGUUUGUAUUUUAUUACUAAUCUGAACGCGGUGUACACAAAUCCUCGAGUAUGGGAGAAAAAGAGUUAUGUAAUUCUGUAUAUAGGUAAAGUAAACGGUUAAACUAGAAUUGAAUUAAAGCAUUUAAGAGGAAAAAAAAGUAUUAAAUCUUUACACGUGAAUUAUUCCGCUUACACUUUUUGUUGUGCAUGUUUGUAAUUAUAUAAUUUUUAUGUUCUCAAUUAUAACAUAGGUAAUUUAAGAAAUAUUAAUUGUUAUACAAUUUAUCUUUAUUACAUAAGAUUACAAGUUCUAGUUUUUAACCGAAUGACAAACUAAAACAUUUGUGUACUAUUUAAAUGGCAAAUAUGAAUAAAUCUUGAGAUUCAUUAAGUUUAA